CAGACAGAAGAGUGGCCUUAUUUCUAAUUUUUAAACUUAAUCUUGCACAUCUUGGGAACACUUUUGUAUAAAGCCACUUUGCCAGACACUGGAACGGUUCCCAAUGAUGAUGAUUGAUAUGAAAGCCGUUGUAUUUGUCGCGAUUUUUUAUUUCUCAAGUUCUACCCUAACCAAUGCCGAAGAUCUGAAACGCGAGUCCCAUUUCAGAUUGCAGAAGCACAAUUUAUUAUGGGAUCAUGCUAAUAAGAAUCUGGGGAGCAGUCCAAAGUUGGAUACCCUGUUUAAACAACUUAAAAAGCUGGAUAAGCUUUCUUUAAAACUUAAGCACCUUGAAAAUAGAGAAACCGAAGAUGCAAGAAUGAUGGAGGCUGACGUAAAAGAAAUGUACCUCGACAUUUCAAAUAGCUAUGGACUUGAUACGAACGUAGCUGACAAUGAGGGACAUAACCAUAUCAAGGCAAAAUUCGGUGAUAAAGUUGAAAAAUUAUGGCAAAAAGCCCUUGACAGUGGAAAGUUUUCAUCUGAGGAGUUGGAUAGUUUGGAAAAAGAAUUUAAGCAUCACGAGAAGAAGAUCGAGGGCUACAGACAGAUGGCAGAGAAGAUUAUUUCCCAUGAUGCAAUUUCAGAAAAUGAUAUUAGAAGCAUUGACAAAAUGCCAGAAAGUGAUAUAAAAAAAUUGAGACAGGAUCUGAAAUUGAAGCAUCAUCACAUUUCUGCAAAUUUUCUAGAUCUGACCAAAAAGGUCAAGGAUAGGGUUUAUGAUGUCGAGGGUGAUUUUACUGAUAUGAGGGUUGUGGAGUUAUGGGAACAGGCCAAGAGGUCUGGAUUUUCACAAGACGAAUUGGAAUCAAUGAAGCGAGAACUUAAACAUUUUCAAACAAGAAUUGACAAGCACAAUUACUGGAAAGAUAGACAUGCAAGUUGGAAGGAUGAUUUGAAUAAUGGAGAUGUUCCAGAGCCAGGUUAUUAUGAAAAAGUUCAGGCAAAAGUUAAUGAGCAUGCAAGACUGGUGAAGAAAUAUCAUGCAACAAUGCUAGAUAUGAUACACGGAAAGGAUGAAUUGUAGGUUGCUUUCAAACCUGAUGUUUUCUAUGUGAACUACAAAGACUUGCCGUCUCACAUUUUUCAUGCAAGAAAGGACAAAUCAGUGCAAAUAUAUGGUACAGAUGACAGUAUUUCAUUGUUAGAUGAAAAUUUAUAUAUUGCAUCAGCCCAUAUAAACCAUAAAUCGAGCUAUGUAGAAUUAUACUGUUUUGUGCACUCCUCAGAAUCAAACAUCAUGUAUCAUUCAUAACCCUCAAAUUUGUAAACAUAUUGAGUAAUUCAAGCUGAUCUCUCGCAUACUUUUUUAAAACCAAUUACCAUGUUACCGUAUUACUUUGAGUAAAUCCCUUUCAUUUUAUGUCCACUCAAAGAAACUCCCUCCCCUUUGAAUUUUUAAAACGCAAAAUACGCCCCUCUUUUAAUCUCGUCGGAAAACGCCACUUUCUUAGUUAUGGGAGAACAGAUCGAGUAAAAAGAACACAUUCGGAGGGUGUAACAUUUUAGUUGUUUCAGUUAAUUUUGAAUGGUCCAAAUGUGUGAUUUUUCAUCAAGUUUAAUGCAACUGUUUGGAACAGUUAUUUUAAAUUCCCUUUUAUCGGUGCCUUUUGUUUAAAGUUGCAUGGUAUUGGCUUAGUUUUCAUAAUAGUACCCUUGCUGAAAA